UCAAACUUGUCCAUAUGAGUUUAUUGUAAAUGUCAAAGCACUCAUGUCAAGAAGUAAAUAAGUUCAAAAUUUUAUAUUGUAAAUGGCUUCAAAUAAAACUAUUGUGGUGUUGGCUCCAAAUGGUAGACGACAAAAUGUUAAAGUUACCCCUCAUACAACGAUUUUACAAAUUUUGGAAGAAGUAUGCAAGAAACAAGGUUUAAAUUCAUCAGAUUACGAUAUAAAACACCACAACCAAGUUUUAGAUACAACGGUACUCAUGCAAUUUAGUGGAUUGCCAAAUAAUGCCCAAUUAGAACUAUCAACAGCUACUAAAACCCGUGUAGAGAGUGAAGUCAUAUUAGGUUUACAAUUGGAAAGUGGUACAAGAUUAAUGGGGAAAUUUCAACCAAAAGAUUCUUUAUGGGAAAUAAUAAGUACUUUAUGUCCAAAUGAAUUAGAAUCUGAAAAUUUAGUCAUUAUUUAUAUGCGACAAGAAAUCUAUGGAAAAGAAAAUUUGUAUAAUGCUACACUACGAAGUUUGGGUGUAACAGGUGGCCGAGUAAUGUGUCGACUCAUUCACAGAAAUCCUGAAGAAUUAAAAAUACAAGCUAAUGUCUCAGCUCCAAUACAACCAAAGCCAGUCGAGGAAAAACCAUACAAACGAACUUUUAAGUCUGAUGACAGUGGAUCAAAUACUCCUACAAGUUCUAUUCAGACGCCAUCACAAAGUUCUCAGACUGUAAGUGCUGCCAAUAUUGCAGCAAUUAAAAGUGAAACUCCAACGAAACCUUCGCCAAAUAAAGUUGUUAAAAUUAAUGCUCCGCCUGAAAAGUCUACAAAAACUGAAUCUGGUGAAAGUCUCAAUAUUGGUCAUUCGCAUGUUCCUGUACGAACUACUUCAUCCAAUGAAGAAGUCGUGUUUCGGGAACCUGGCGAGGAAAUUAAAUUUCAUAAGUUGGGUGAACGAAACGCCUUAGCAUUUACAUUAGAAAUGGCUAAAUCAUUACCACAUGAAGAUUUACCUGAUGAAUUUUUUGAUUUGACUAUAAAUGAUGCCAAAACCUUAUUACAAGAUUUGAAGCGUCGGCGUGCUGAAAUGGAAGAACAACCAUUAAUAACAUCUGCCACACGAGACUUAGAUAAACAAAAACGUAUACUACGCAAUUUAAAUCAAUAUAAACGAUCUGUGUUACGCAUUCAAUUCCCCGAUCGUACCGUAUUACAAGGAACAUUUAAGCCAAUUGAAACAAUUGAAGAUGUUAUAGGAUUUGUAAGAGAAUAUUUAAAUGAUCCUACAGUAAAUUUUCAUUUAUAUACUACACCACCCAAAACAAUUUUGAGUCCAAGCGCUCGUUUAAUUGAAGUUGAUUGUGUACCGUGUGCUGUUUUACACUUUGGUAUCGAACAACCUGUAGAAUGGACUCAGUAUUUAAGAAACGAUUUGUUAACGAAAUUUUCAUCGUACAGUGGAGCAAGUUUAAUAGCAUCCAGGUCUAGGGGUAUUCAAAAUACCGCAGAUGAUACAAAUAGUGAUGCAAUGGAUGAAGAUGAUAUUGUAACAUAUCCCGAACCGCAUACUACUAGGAAUCCACAACCUACCAUCACACGUCCUACUAGUAAUACUGAAAAGGUUCCCAAAUGGUUUAAGCCAUUAUAAAUAAUAUUGA